AUGGCUGUAUGUGUAUGUUCAAAACUCUCUACAGCAGACGGUCUUGUUUUAGGGGCUGUCCAGAUUAUGAUUGGCAUAUUUCAUGUUUUCAUGUGGUACUUCCUACUGAUUUUGUAUAUGGGACAAAUUAGAGGAGUCUUUGGCACAUACGAACCUAUAACUUACAAAGCAGGAUGUCCUUUAUGGGGAGUCAUCUUUAUCAUUGCAGGAGUCUCCAUAAUAAGAGUAGCAAAGCAUCCAACUCCAGGCGUGAUUACAUUUGCUUUGAUCAUGAACAUCUCAUGCAUAAUUACUUCAGUUAUUGCAUCAGUUCUAACAAUAAUUGAGCUGUCUUCUUUUAAUUCGGUGUCAUAUAGGAAUUAUGGACAAGCGAAACUUGGAAGGGAAGUUUCACGUAUUUUACUGCUCUCUUACUCCUUUGAGAUUUCUGUUGCGUUAACAUACACAAUCUUUGGCUGUAUUGGUUUGAGUCGUCAUAAUGAAGAUAGUCUCACAGCUGUCCCAGAGGAAUUUGAGAGUACUUUUUAA